AGUAAUAUUCGUCGGAAUAAAGAAUUGAGCAAUUGGAAUGAUACUCGUUUGUUUAUGCUACUGUUGUAUGAACAUAAGUGCCUUGUGCGUCUGCCUACAGUGGCUUCAAAUGACAUUAAAGUCGAGCCACAGAGUCUGCAGCGAUGCCGAAACGACCAGCGGCGCCCUUUGGCGCAGUUGUGGCCCACUACUCCCUGCCUCAGCCACCAGAAGACGAAUUUCAUAGGAAAACAAUUGAAAAAGGAGGAAAAAGAACAGACCCUGGACGGCAUCUGGACACCGGGUUCUUCAGGAUUCUGGCGUCUGGUGCGAUGGAGACGCGUCCUCGAGACGCGUCGCGGGUGCAUGUACUUGAACAGACUCCCAGCGUGGAUGGCAGCCGUCGUGCUUUGUGGAAGGGGGGUGGAGAAGCCGCGUUCCCUCGUCCUCGAGACGCGUCGCGGGUGCAUGUACUUGAACAGAGUCGCCUCGGACUCCAUAAGCAGCGCCACGCGGUUUCCCUGUAUCAGGACUACGUGUACUGGAGCGACUGGAGCACCGGGGACUUUGAUCAAGACUGGCCAGAGCCGCAGCCUCGCUAAGGACGUGGCCUGCAUCCCUCCCAGCUACGACGGACUGCCCGAAUUAGCUGCUGCCGGUGUCCGGCAAGAUUAUCCCUUCCUGGGCGAACUCGCCGAAGCCUCGAAGCGUCUGCUCUUCUGGACAGAUAUCAGCAGCCAUCAGGCCAUCAUUCGGGCCCGAGUCGAUGGCAAUGAGCAUGUGGACCUGGAAGAAGUCACGACUCUGGCCUUAGACCAACAGUCCGAUAUCCCAUGCGUAUCGAUAAAAAUCCGUGCUUCCAUGCACAUCUCGCAGGUCUCUGCCUUCGGGAGAUUUGUGUCGGACGAUAAGACCGGACUGGAGAGGAGCGCAAUCACACCUGUCUGCACAGUCGCACAAAGUGUUUCCACAUCUGCAUGGCCAGCGGGGUAUGACACGCAGUAUUCACGACGUAUGCUCGUGCCAGAUUCUGAUGCUCUGAUGCUACUGGAGGGCAAGGAGAACUACGGCGUCUAUCCGGACAGAUAAUUUUAAGUGGCGGGAGUAGUGACAUAAAGAACGACUGUAUAUCCGCCUUCUGGCGCUGUGACGAAAGGACUGCCCGGCGGAUCACUUCAGCUGACAGUCAGCCGAGGGCAGAGACAAGGCUCUGAUCUGCGAUG